GUAAUAUUUCCUUUAUCAAAUGUGACCUGUGGUAACUGAAACUUCAGCACAUCCCAAGUAAUGUCAAAUAUUUUAUUCAUUGCCACCAGAUUUACAGCUAGUGCCUCGACGAGCCUGAACAAACUAUCAUCAGUGAAUUUUAAUGUUUUCCCUCAUAAUCAUGAAUUGCACUCCUUAGCUUGUCUCAUAGUUCUUCGAAUUUAAGUCCAAUAGUGUGAAAUCGUUUGCAAGUCAUCAUCUUGCUUAUACUUUUGAUGCACACUAUACGUACGUAUAAAGAUUAAAACAUCGAAAGAUUAGCUCCAGUCUGUUACGAAUCACAGUAACGAACACAUCGUAUUUCGUAUUUAAGUGGCACAGCAUGUAACACAGUGUACAUAUGUGUAUAUGUAAGUACGUGUAUCGUAAAAGAUAUAUCAAUGUUGCCUGCUAUCAAUUCCGCUCUAUGCAUAUUGUAUUGAGUGGAAUUGCAUACUGUUUGAACUAUCAGUCGUUCAAAUACAUUGGUGGAAUUAUGGUGGGAUACUUGGAAAUCAUAUGCGGCGUUGUCGCGCUGCUGCUGGCGUUUUAUUAUUAUUCAGUAUCAGCGUUCAGUUUUUGGAAAAGCCGCGGGGUUCCAGGACCAAAACCGGCGUUCUUCUUCGGGAAUACAAUGGAGCACAUGUUUGCACGAAUUUCAUUGGCCCAGUAUCUGAAGAAACUCUACGAAGAAUAUAAAAACGAACCGAUGGUUGGACUGUAUAUGAGGAGAUCGCCAGUUCUCGUUCUGAAAGACCCGGAACUAAUUAAAGACGUUUUGAUCAAGGACUUUCCGAUAUUCUCCGACCGAGGAUUAACUGUCCACGAAAGGACGGAGCCGCUGUCACUGAAUCUGUUGAACCUGGAGCCGGAAAGGUGGCGCCCGUUAAGAUCGAAACUCACCCCGAUGUUCACGUCCGGCAAACUGAAGGACAUGUUCGGCCUGAUACUCGAGUGUGCGGAACACUUCGAGAAAUACCUGGACAAAUUGGCCGCGAGGGACGAGCCUGCCGAUUUUCGCGAGGUAACGGCGAAGUACACGACCGACGUGAUUGGCUCCUGCGCGUUUGGAAUCGAGAUGAGCUCGAUGUCCGACGAGGACAGCGAGUUCCGCAAGGUCGGCAGAGAGAUCUUCCGCCCGAGUUUGGAGGGCGUGAUACGGUUAAAAAUGCGGCUGUACGCGUCGAAGCUGUACGACUGGUUGGGUUACAUUGCACCUGAUAAACGGCUUGCACCGUUCUUCACCAAGCUCGUCACGGACACCAUGAGAUACAGGAAAGAGCACGACGUAUACAGGCCCGAUUUUAUCCACAUGCUCAUGCAGUUGAAGGAACACCCGGAGAAAGUGGGCAAUAUUAAACUGACCGACAGCUUGAUAACCGCGCAGGCAUUUGUUUUCUUCGCCGCUGGUUUCGAAACCUCGUCGUCGGCGAUGAGCAACACACUGUACGAACUGGCCCUCAAUCAACAGGUCCAGGACAAGUUGCGCGAAGAGAUCAGGUCAAAUCUCGCGAAACACGGCGGAGAGUUGAAGUACGAACACGUCAAAGACAUGGAAUACCUGGACAAAGUGUUCAAAGAGACGCAGAGGAAAUAUCCAGUAGCGGGCUUGAUACCAAGGAGGUCCACCGCUGCUUAUACUUUCGCAGGUACAAAAGUCAGUAUACCGAAGGGUUUGAAGCUAUGGAUCCCAAUGUACGCGAUCCAUCGUGAUCCUGACAUUUAUCCAAAUCCCGACGUAUUCAAUCCGGAGAAUUUCAACGAGGACGCCAUCGAAGCUCGACACCCGAUGACUUAUUUGCCGUUUGGCGACGGGCCGAGAAACUGCAUUGGUGCGCGUUUCGCCGUUUAUCAAACCAAAGUGGGACUAAUCACGAUACUUCGCAAUUAUAAAGUGAUCACUUGCGAGAAAACUAUGAUUCCCUAUCAGUUUGCGACGAAUACAUUUCUGCUUGCGCCAAAAGGAGGAAUAUACUUGAAACUAAAGAAACUAAACUCGUAAUUUAGAACUGCGCCAGUUUCUUUGUUUUUUUUUUUUUUUAUUAAAUUAUUAAUUAUUCAGAAUGAAGUGAAUAUACGUUUCCUUAAAAAUUGUACAUUAUUGUGCACACAUGUGUUUAAUAAAUUUUCAACCUCGAUUCUCUUGGAAA